GUUUCAUCUCCCUGCUCUUUAUAUUGCAGUUAGGGUUUUGUGGCUCCUUCUCGUUCAAUCCCUAGAGCGCGGCUUUUGUGGAGCAUCCACCGCGCGAAACAAGAUGGUGCUCCCAAACGAUAUUGAUCUGCUGAAUCCCCCAGCUGAUCUUGAAAAGAGGAGGCACAAGCUCAAGAGGCUCGUUCAAUCACCAAACUCUUUCUUCAUGGAUGUGAAGUGCCAAGGAUGCUUUAACAUCACUACGGUAUUCAGUCACUCUCAGACUGUUGUUGUAUGUGGUAACUGUCAAACUGUCCUCUGUCAACCCACCGGAGGUCGUGCUAGGCUCACUGAGGGAUGCUCUUUCCGGAGAAAGGGUGAUUAAGAGCGGUGUGUACUCAAUUGUUUUGUUGGAAGAGGUCUUACUAUUUUUAGAUGUUUGCAAAGUACUAUGUGAUGUCUAUUGGCAAUUUUGUGGUUUAAUUUGGCAAAACUUGCGCUAUAUUGAUGAAACAUUGUUACUCUUCCCUUGCUUUCAUUUGAAAUGAUGUUUUGUUCCUAAAAACAGCCAGUUAUUUUAUUUGUUGGUUUUUAUUA